UGAGCGUUACAAUCUUUUAGUUGAGCUAAUAAAACAAUAUUUAGACUAUAUUCCUACUAUGAGGGUCCUAGUAAUACUUGCUGUGUGUGCAGUCGUAUCCGCUAAAAUUAUACCGGACGACUUCCCACAGUGCAAGCGAAAUGACCCAGAAUUAGAUAAAUGUAUUUUAAAAGCAGUUGAUGUAGUGAAGCCGAGACUACUAAAUGGCAUUCCUGAAGUAAACGUACCGGCCUUGGACCCUUUCAAUGUGCCAACAUUGAAGCUGGACAGAACAGCCUCUAACUUAAGGCUGAAGGCUACCAUUAAGAACAUGAAGGCGUUCGGCGGAUCUAACUUUAAAAUUGAGAAAAUGAAGUUGAACCUCAACAACAAGUAUGUGGGCGAAGUGAAACUAACAAUCCCACAGUUGGAGGUGACGGCUGAGUAUGACGUGCGCGGCUCCAGAAUUUUAACGCUCGACAUAAGUGGCAAAGGAAAAUUCAGAAGCAAUUUCACUGGAAUAACUGUAGUAGCUAAGGGUAGCGCCAAACCAAUUGUCAAAGAUGGUGUCGAAUACUUACAAGCUGAGAAAAUGAUAACCAAACUCAGGAUCGGCAAUGGACAAGUAUUCAUCGAUGAUACUGAAAGACCAGUAGCUGCAUCAUCAGCUGCCGCUUUCUUCAACGCCAGCCCAUCAGUUGUUCUGGAUAUCCUCAACCCUCUCAUCGAAGAGAGCAGUGCUGCCAUCUUUAAAGCCUUUUUCAACAAAAUUUUCGGAACAAUACCCCUAAAUGAAAUUUUAGUUGUUGAUGCGUAAUAUUUAAUGUCAAAUGAUAUUUGAUUGUUUAUGAUCAAAUAUGAGUUUUAUUAAGUAAAGUAAAACUUUUUUCUUCGGUACUGGCAACAUUUGUAAUGCCAUAUUUA